AUGGCCUUUUGCCGGUUAGAUUCACCAUAUCUGAGCUACCGAUUGCCUCGUUCAACAAUUCGAGCUGAACGCUUGCCCAACUGGUAUUUGAAACGGCGUGUUUGGGGCAUGCGUAUUGGACUUCCAUGCAUUGAGGCGCUGCAAGGUGGAUCCUGCCGGGCUUGGCUCCUGACGGUGCUGCUGAGUGCGUUUAUGUUGCAACUGCUGAGGGGCGUCGGACUGAGGGCGUUCUCCAUGGCUUCUGAGACAUACAUAUCGGGGGCGCACUCGGCCGCCUUUGUCACCUGCCCCAACGACACGGUGGCCAAAGACUUGGCCAGAGGCAUCGUGCAGCAGAAGCUGGCCGCCUGUGUCAACAUUGUGCCCGCCAUCACGUCAGUGUAUGAAUGGCAGGGGGCUGUCCAGGAGGACAGUGAGGUUCUGCUGAUGAUCAAGACCAGAAGCUCCAAGGUCCCCGCUCUAACCGAUUACGUCCGUAAGAACCACCCGUACGAGGUGGCCGAAGUCAUCAGCCUGCCCAUCGACCAGGGCAACCCGCCCUACCUCAAGUGGAUCUCCGACGUCGUGCCUGAAUGAGGUGACCCGGUAGUCACGGACGGGUGACUAUUAUGCUAAUUACUUAAACGCAACAAAACAGUUUCAAGUUAAGUUCGCUUUAGUCAAUGUGUGGGGAAUUUACAUGUCGGUCCCUCGGGGGCGUCGUCGGUCCUUCCUUUCAAAUUUGAUUUUUUUUUUUUUUUACAAAUAAAUAUGGUAACAUAAAAUGGUGGCUAGAUAUAUAUUUAUUUACAUCUAUUUUAAUAUACAAAAAACUAAACAUUUGAUCAACAUUAAGCAUACAUGGAAAAACAACUAACUAUCAUGUGGCCCGUGACAACAAUGAGUUUGACCCCUCUGGACUAGAGUGACGCUAGAAUCCCAUCACCAAAGCAACCCCCGAGUGGCUGCGAGCGAUGUAGUGAUGGAGCAACUUGAUUGGACGCUUGGCAUGUUGUGAAAAUACUGUGAAAACAGAGGAAAGAAUGCAAUAAAUUUCAAUGAUUA